AAAGCAUCGUGAGGCCCAGUAUUAAUCUGUUGUAGUAUAAUCUCUUAGAUAAGUAUCAUGCUGCGACACUUGGAUCAAGCCGACCUGUUCCUCUCUCCAUCUCUUGCUCUCUGAUUGCCAUGCACGACCACUCAGUCCAUGUUGGCACAGUUCCGCCUGUCUGGUCCCUCGCUGUCUAUUCCUGGCCUUGUGCGACACAGCCAUCCGUCCUCCCGACCGUAAACGGCCGCAACACGAAUCACUCGCCUUUUGCAAACGGCACCAUCUCGGCCAUGGUAGCAAUUGCCUUGCGCGUCCAUUUCUUCUCUUUUUGCAUAUUUUCUUUUUCCACAUCUCCCAUUAUCUUCAAGUCAUCGAUUCGCCUUCUGUGCGACGUCGAUUUGCCCAUGUCGACACCGGACUGCAGUGGUGAAACACGAUUCAACAGAUCGACGUCGGACCCGCGUUAUUGAGACAUGCAGUGCGCCCCCCCUCCUUGCGGUGUACGUUGCCCUGCAUCCUCGCGCAGAUCGCCUGUCACAUGCGCCAUCAAAGCAUGAAAGCAACGCCGUGCAUCUUCAAGUAGUACUGC